AUGACCCGAAAUAUUCGUCACAUUAUUUAUGAUGUCAGCAAGAUUGCGCGCAGCAGCGUUGCCUCGGACAUAGUGCCCCGCCCAGCUGCCGGAUUCUACGCAGCAUGGAAAGCGCUUCGUAUAUGCAUAGCUCUGUUGCUUAUACAGGGGCACAAUGGCUUCAACGCCUGCAGAGGCAGCACGAUGGCCCAUUUCGUAUCCGGGGCAGGUUCUUCGCGGCUGGGACAACACCGGCACGGCCGGCUGCUUGUCAGCAGCUCUGGAGUUGCAAAUGUAUCAGAUGGCUCCCUCUUUGUGGCCGCCUUGCGGGAUCCAGCUGUCAAACGUAUUGUUCUCACAUCCCCACUGGUCGAUGUCCCGCCUGAUACCUGGGAGGCGGUCGGCGGCAACCUGCCCAUCCCCAUUACCCGCAACUUGACGUUGGAAGGAGACGAGGCGGACUGGCCGCUCCUGCGCCUCCAUUACGUGACGGACGUGGUUCGGCUCAUGGACACGGUCAUCUUAGCUAUCCGCUUCCUAUUCCUGGACGGCGCAAACGGAGGCAACAACCAUCGCGAUCAGGGCAAGUUGCCCGUGGCGUUACUCGCUUGA